CAAGGAAGCCACUAUAAAUAUGAACCCUGUCAACCCAACGAGUUCUCAUCUCAUCUUGUUAAAGCCGCUUUGUAAGUUUCUCCCUCCCUCUUUGCUCGACCAAACCGCUUUUUUUCUCUCAAGAUGCAGAUAUUUGUUAAGACACUAACCGGCAAGACCAUCACCCUUGAGGUCGAAUCUUCUGACACCAUUGAUAAUGUAAAGGCUAAGAUUCAAGACAAGGAGGGUAUCCCCCCAGACCAGCAAAGGUUGAUCUUUGCUGGGAAGCAGUUGGAGGACGGUCGCACCCUGGCAGACUAUAACAUCCAGAAGGAAUCUACCCUUCAUUUGGUGCUCAGGCUGAGGGGGGGAAUGCAAAUUUUCAUUAAGACUCUCACCGGUAAGACCAUCACCCUUGAGGUCGAAUCUUCUGACACCAUUGAUAAUGUAAAGGCUAAGAUUCAAGACAAGGAGGGAAUCCCCCCAGACCAGCAAAGGUUGAUCUUUGCUGGGAAGCAGUUGGAGGAUGGUCGCACCCUGGCAGACUAUAACAUCCAAAAGGAAUCUACCCUUCAUUUGGUGCUCAGGCUGAGGGGAGGAAUGCAAAUUUUCAUUAAGACUCUCACCGGUAAGACCAUCACCCUUGAGGUCGAAUCUUCUGACACCAUUGAUAAUGUAAAGGCCAAGAUUCAAGACAAGGAGGGCAUCCCCCCAGACCAGCAGAGGUUGAUCUUUGCUGGGAAGCAGCUAGAGGAUGGUCGCACCCUGGCAGACUAUAACAUCCAAAAGGAAUCUACCCUUCAUUUGGUGCUCAGGCUGAGGGGAGGAAUGCAAAUUUUCAUUAAGACUCUCACCGGUAAGACCAUCACCCUUGAGGUCGAAUCUUCUGACACCAUUGAUAAUGUAAAGGCCAAGAUUCAAGACAAGGAGGGCAUCCCCCCAGACCAGCAGAGGUUGAUCUUUGCUGGGAAGCAGCUAGAGGAUGGUCGCACCCUGGCAGACUAUAACAUCCAAAAGGAAUCUACCCUUCAUUUGGUGCUCAGGCUGAGGGGAGGAAUGCAAAUUUUCAUUAAGACUCUCACCGGUAAGACCAUCACCCUUGAGGUCGAAUCUUCUGACACCAUUGAUAAUGUAAAGGCCAAGAUUCAAGACAAGGAGGGCAUCCCCCCAGACCAGCAGAGGUUGAUCUUUGCUGGGAAGCAGCUAGAGGAUGGUCGCACCCUGGCAGACUAUAACAUCCAAAAGGAAUCUACCCUUCAUUUGGUGCUCAGGCUGAGGGGAGGAAUGCAAAUUUUCAUUAAGACUCUCACCGGUAAGACCAUCACCCUUGAGGUCGAAUCUUCUGACACCAUUGAUAAUGUAAAGGCCAAGAUUCAAGACAAGGAGGGCAUCCCCCCAGACCAGCAGAGGUUGAUCUUUGCUGGGAAGCAGCUAGAGGAUGGUCGCACCCUGGCAGACUAUAACAUCCAAAAGGAAUCUACCCUUCAUUUGGUGCUCAGGCUGAGGGGAGGAAUGCAAAUUUUCAUUAAGACUCUCACCGGUAAGACCAUCACCCUUGAGGUCGAAUCUUCUGACACCAUUGAUAAUGUAAAGGCCAAGAUUCAAGACAAGGAGGGCAUCCCCCCAGACCAGCAGAGGUUGAUCUUCGCGGGGAAGCAGUUGGAGGACGGUCGCACCCUAGCGGACUAUAACAUCCAAAAGGAAUCUACCCUUCAUUUGGUGCUCAGGCUGAGGGGAGGAAUGCAAAUUUUUGUUAAGACCCUCACCGGUAAGACCAUCACCCUUGAGGUUGAAUCUUCUGACACCAUUGAUAAUGUAAAGGCCAAGAUUCAAGACAAGGAAGGCAUCUCCCCAGACCAGCAGAGGUUGAUCUUUGCUGGGAAGCAGCUAGACGACGGUCGCACCCUAGCGGACUAUAAUAUUCAAAAGGAAUCUACCCUUCAUUUGGUUCUUAGGCUUAGGGGAGGGAUGCAAAUUUUCAUAAAGACUCUCACCGGCAAGACUAUCACCCUUGAGGUCGAAUCAUCUGACACCAUUGAUAAUAUAAAGGCCAAGAUUCAAGACAAAGAGGGCAUUCCCCCAGACCAGCAAAGGUUGAUAUUUGCUGGGAAACAGUUAGAGGAUGGUCGCACCCUAGCGGACUACAAUAUUCAGAAGGAAUCUACCCUUCAUUUGGUUCUCAGGCUCAGGGGAGGGAUGCAAAUUUUCAUUAAGACUCUCACCGGCAAGACCAUCACCCUUGAGGUUGAAUCUUCCGAUACUAUUGAUAAUGUGAAAGCUAAAAUUCAAGACAAAGAGGGUAUUCCACCAGACCAGCAAAGGUUAAUCUUUGCUGGGAAACAAUUAGAGGAUGGUCGAACCCUUGCGGACUACAAUAUCCAGAAGGAGUCCACCCUCCACCUGGUGCUCCGCCUUCGUGGUGGCCAGUGAACCCUUGUCCUGCUCGUUUGCUGCUUUGGUGUGUGCGUGUCUCGUAUCUAUGUUGAUAAUGUUGUCUGUGGUUAAGUGUCCUCGUCGGUUGACAAUGUUAUGCUGGAACUCAUGUUAAUGUGUGGCAAUAAUGUUUUCGGUAA